GUGCUCCAAUUAUCACAUUUACAUUACCAACAUACACUGUCACAGGUGCUCCAAUUAUCACAAUUACAUUUACCAACAUACCUUGUCACAGGUGUUCCAGUUAACACAAUUACAUUACUAACAAACACUGUUACAGGUGCUCCAAUUAUCACAUUUACGUUACCAACAUACAUUGUCACAGGUGCUCCAGUUAACACAAUUACAUUACUAACAAACACUGUUACAGGUGCUCUAAUUAUCACAUUUACAUUACCAACAUACAUUGUCCCAG